GUGUGUUUGCUGAUCCACGAUGGUGUUUUUCACUUGUAACGCGUGUGGAGAAUCGCUGAAGAAAGCCCAGAUACAAAAACACACGUCUAUGUGCCGGGGAUGCCAGGUCCUCUCCUGUAUUGACUGUGGAAAAGAUUUCUGGGGUGAGGACUAUAAGAGCCACGUGAAGUGCAUCAGCGAGGAUCAGAAGUAUGGAGGGAAGAACUACGAGGCCAAAGCAAACAAAGGAGAUGUGAAGCAGCAGCAGUGGAUUCAGAGUGUCCAGUCGGCGAUGGAUAAGCCUGGUGUGAGCGCAAAACUGCGCUCUGUGCUCCAGCAGGUCGCAGCUUACGACAACGUCCCACGCAAGAAAGCCAAGUUUCAAAACUGGAUAAAGAACAGCCUGAGGAUUUAUGACUCCAAUCUGCAGGAUCAAGUCUGGGAGAUCUUCUCCUCUUCUCAAAAUCCUGAUAAGAAAGCCGUCCAGCCCGAGCACGCAUCUCCACCAGCGCCGCCCGCGCAGGAAGAACAAGUCAAAGGCGAGGAGAAGCAGAAGAAGAACAAGAGAGAGAGAAAAGAAGAGCGACAGAAGAAGGGUAAAAAAAAGCGAACGGAAGAUGAGCAGAACGGAGAGAAUGGCGUAGAAGAGCCUCGGGAGAAGAAAAAGAGGAAGCGAAAAGCAGAGGAAGGAGAGAGUGUGAAGGGGAAGAAAAGGAAAGAGGAAUGUGAAGAGAGACAAAACCUGAAAGAAGUAGAGGAUGAACAAGAGGAAGCACAAGAGGAGUCCAACACUAAAGGGAAGUUUAACUGGAAGGGAACUAUAAAGGCAGUUCUCCGUCAGGCUCCAGAAGAAGGCAUCGCGCUCAAGAAGCUCCGCAAAAAGGUUUUCUCAGCGUAUUAUGCUUUCAGUGCAGAAGACAACCAUAAAUCCGAGGAGGAGCUGUUUUCUCUGUUCAACAAGAAGCUAAAAAACCCAAAGUUUAAGAUCCUGAAAGAAAAAGUCACACUUGUUAAAUAAUGCUUCUUUUGCACAUUUUUCCCACACCGUUUUAUCCUGUCCAUCAAACACAGUUUCAUCCCAUCCAUGUAUAUUUUUCUUAAAAUAAACGUUCUUCCUAAAAAAAGA